CACAGUGUCCUCCCCAUGAUGUGAGGCUGGAGUAAUGUAAUCACUAUCAGAUUCAUAGGCAUAGCGGGUAUUAAUAUUGUCUUGUGUAUUUCACCUAAAUCCUUUCAUUAGUUUUAGUUAUUUUUUCCAUAUCCAUAGUGUGAGUAUCGACUGCUCUGUCAUGUAUUGCUCUAGCCUGGCUGCAGUACCUUCAAGUCAGCGGCGGGAGUUUCCAGGUAUGUGUUCCCCGGUGGGGGAAAUGUACAUAUGGUAUAAACGUUUAGAAUAAGUACAACUUCAUGUACUUGUGAUAGUGUAUUCAAACAUCGUGUUGCUAGCGAGCCUUUUUUGAUGGAAAUAUUAUUCAGCUGAAAGAGUUUAUCUACCGAGUGGUGCAAUGUUAGGCUAUCUAGCUACAGUACAUACUAGCAGGCUGUCUGUAACGUAGCUGCCCUCCUGCAGGCACUUUGCUCACCACUUCCCUUCACGUUAGGUGUGUGUUUUGUGCCACAUCGAGAAGUUCACCAUUCAUUUUAUUCACCGCGGCAUUUUCUGAGCUUAACUGACCAAGACGCACCUCCAAAUGCCCAAAACCAGUGGCAGUUUCUUUCAACCAGUGGCAUAUUGGCUUUUUAGAUCAGAGAUGCCGUCUAACGUGGAGAUCAAGGCGAGGGUGAGCAAUGCGACACGAUUGGCGGAGAGAGCCAGCCAGCUAAGCCAAUCAGAGGGAACAGUAAUCCGCCAGCAGGACACGUUCUUCAACUGCAGCACCGGACGGCUUAAACUACGUAACCUGAUGCAGGAUGGGAGUGGUCAGCUGAUUUUCUAUGAGAGACCAGAUUGUGACGGGCCCAAGGUGUCCAACUACUCUCUCUCUACUACACAGGACCCAGAGGGGCUCAGAACUGUGCUGGCUGAUUCUCUAGGGGUUAAGGGUGAGGUGAGGAAGGAGAGGAGGCUGUUCCUGGUUGGUCAGACGAGGGUUCACUUGGACUCAGUGGAGGGCCUGGGACACUACAUGGAGCUAGAGGUGGUGUUGAGGGAGGACCAGAGGCCUGAGGAGGGGGAGGCGAUUGCUCGCAGCCUGAUGAAGGAGCUCGGUGUCGGGAAUGACAGCCUGGUGACUGGGGCCUACGUGGACCUCUUGCUGGAAGGCCAAGGAUAGCAACACACAGUAUAUGAACCCUCCCUUGCAGGACUAAAACAUUCCCAUCAUGUGAAAGCAACUGGAAAACGCUUUUGGUAAUAAAAAAUAAAAUAGCAAA